AUGUUGGAGGGAACUCUGGGUCCUGCUGUUGGCUGUCAUUUCCAUCUGCAGUGGAGUCUCAAGCUCUGCAUCUUUCCUAUCACCCCAAAAUUUAUGAUGCUCCGGCUGCUGAGUUCCCUGCUAUUUGUGGCUCUUGCCUUGGGCUGUGGCCGACCUUCCUACAACCCCUCCACCCGUGUAGUCAAUGGUGAAGAUGCAGUCCCCUACAGCUGGCCCUGGCAGAUUUCCCUUCAGUAUAAGAAGAAUGGAAACUUCCACCACACCUGUGGUGGCAGCCUCAUUGCCUCCAGCUGGGUCAUGACCGCAGGCCACUGCAUCUCGAGCUCCCUGACCUACCAGGUAGUGUUGGGAGAGUAUGACCGGGCUGAGGACGAGGGCUCUGAGCAGGUGAUCCCUAUCAAUGCUGAGGACCUCUUCGUGCACCCGCUCUGGGACUCCAGCUGUGUGGCCUGUGGCAACGACAUUGCCCUCAUCAAGCUCUCUCGCCCUGCUCAGCUGGGAGACACAGUCCAGCUUGCCUGCCUCCCUGCUGCCGGCGACAUCCUGCCAAAUGAGGCGCCCUGCUACAUCAGCGGCUGGGGCCGUCUCUAUACUGGUGGGCCACUCCCGGACAAGCUGCAGCAGGCCCUGCUGCCCGUGGUGGACUAUAAGCACUGCUCCAGGUGGGACUGGUGGGGCAUCUCUUUGAAGAAGACCAUGGUGUGCGCCGGUGGGGACACCCGCUCUGGGUGCAAUGGUGACUCUGGAGGACCCCUCAACUGCCCCGCUGCAGAUGGCUCCUGGCAGGUCCAUGGUGUGACCAGCUUUGUUUCUGCCUUUGGCUGCAACACCCGCAAGAAGCCCACUGUGUUCACGCGUGUCUCGGCCUUUAAUGACUGGAUCGAGGAGACCAUAGCAAGCCACUAGAACCAAGGCCUGGCUGGCAGUACUGAUCCACACUCUUUGCCAAAAAAAUAAAGGUCUCUUAGAAAAUC